AUGGUUGCCAUCGUGAGAGCUUUCCUUUCGUCCUUGUCACAGAAAUGGAAUAUCUCCACCAGUGGUUUACAAUCUCUAAUUAAUAUGUGGAUGAGGAACGGUCCACCACCAGCGCUUGCUCUAGCAGCUUGUCCUUCAGCACUACCUGCUCAACAAAGCAACAGUUCAGCGGAGUCCCCGCUGACAUCUAUAUUUAAUGGUAUCCUGCUGGCCGUUCCCAAGCACAGACGGUCGCUCGAAAAACGGCUUUUUAGAAAACAUCGGUUUACUGGAUUUAUGGAACAUGCUAUGCCAAAGAAUACUAUAAUACCAUGCUUGGAAUGUGGGAACUUUAAAGAGAAGGGACAUCUCUGUGGUCACUGUUAUGAUAAAGUGCGGAAGGAGACUAAAGAAAUGCAGGUAAAGAUGGGGGAUGAUCUGCAUUUCAACAUCCCCAGAUCAGAGGUGGAUUUUGUUUACGAAAGUGAGAAGGCUCCUGAGGGAAAAUUUGUUGUGAAGAUGGAAAAACCCAGGCCAGGCUGGUUUCCAAAGCGACUGAUGAACAAGACAGGAUCUUGA